AUGACGCAUGAAGAACAUGAACUGAAUGAAACUAGGGAAAUUGAAAGGUUAUAUUAUAAACUGAAUACGCCGAGAAGUCGAUCAAGGCUAUGUUUCUUGUUUUAUUUAUUCAUCAUUCCACUUUUUAUCAUUAUUGGUGGUGUUACUUUUUCGUCCGUUUCAAGUAAAUCGGAAAAUUUGCAGUUAUCAGAAUUAGUCGCAUCACAAGAAGCAGAAAUAGGAAAUGCUCAAAUUGAAAAUUGCCAUCGAAAAAAAUUAUUCGAAUUGCUACCAACGGAAACAUUUGCUUUUGGAAAUGCAGCACUGUACUCAUUUGGUGUAUACACAACGAUCGGUUAUGGAAAUUUGUUUCCACACACUGUACAAGGUCGUAUAUUAACUGUAAUAUACGCUGUCAUUGGCAUUCCCUUAAAUGUGGCAUUUAUCUCAGAUCUUGGAGAAUUAAUUGCUCGAACAGUACAACGUGCACUGCACUGUUUUCAACGACGUAUUCUAAAUAAGUAA